AUGCCCUCCCGCCCUGCUGCCGGCUCCUCGCCGGCCCGGGGCAGCCCCGCCGUGGGGGAGGUGGAGCCCAAGGACCAGCAGGUCAUGGUGGCGCUCCGGAUCCGCCCUCUCAAUGACUUGGAACUGGAGGAUGGGGCCACCGUCAUCGCCCACAAGGUGGGUGACCAGGUGGUGGUGCUGAUGGACCCCGGGGAGGACCCCGAGGACCCGCUGCGCACACACCAGUCCCGGGAGAAGACCUUCAUCUUUGACACUGUUUUCGACCAGCAGGCAUCCCAGGAGGAAGUGUACCGUGCCACCACCCAGCACUUAGUGGAAGGCGUGAUUUCUGGAUACAACGCGACGGUGUUUGCCUACGGCCCCUCAGGUGCCGGUAAGACCCACACCAUGCUGGGCACGGACGCGGAGCCUGGCAUCUACCUGCAGACCCUCACCCACCUCUUCCGGGCCAUCGAGGAGACCCGAGACAGCGCGGACUGCAGCGUGUCCAUGUCUUACCUCGAGAUUUAUAACGAAGCCAUCCGGGAUCUCCUAAACCCGUCCUCGGGGUUUCUGGACCUGAGGGAAGAUGCUAGGGGCAGCAUCCAGAUUGCAGGCAUCACGGAGGUCUCCACCUCCAACGCCCAGGAGAUCAUGCAGCUUCUCACCAAAGGCAACCGGCAGCGCACGCAGGAGCCCACGGCCGCCAACCAGACGUCGUCCCGCUCCCACGCCGUGCUGCAGGUCACCGUGCGCCAGCGCAGCCGCGCCACUGACUUGGCGGGGGCAGUGCGCCUGGGGCGGCUCUUCAUGGUGGACCUGGCGGGCUCGGAGCGGGCAUCCCAGACCCAGAACCGAGGCGUGAGGAUGAAGGAGGGCGCCCACAUCAACCGCUCCCUGCUGGCACUGGGCAACUGCAUCAACGCUCUCAGCGAGAAGGGUGGCAGCCGGGCGCAGUACGUGAACUUCCGGGACAGCAAACUCACACGCCUGCUAAAGGACGCCCUGGGCGGGAACAGCCGGACGGUGAUGAUCGCCCACGUCAGCCCGGCCAGCACGCACUUCGAGGAGUCGCGGUCCACCCUGCUGUACGCCUACCGCGCAAAGAACAUCAAGACGAGGGUCAAGCGCAACCUGCUGAAGGUGUCCUACCACAUCGCGCAGUACACGGACGUCAUCUCCGACCUGCGAAGGGAGAUCGAGCGCCUCCAGUGUAAGGUCGAGAAGCAGGAGGAGCAGGACAACUUCCCCCACAACCACCAUGCGGCGCACGUGCUCUCGUGCCCAAGGGUGCUGUGCGACGAGACAGCGCCCAUCAAGGAGGUUAUUGGGACUCGUCUUGAUGGGCCUAAUGGAGAAGCUGGGCAGUGCCACGGAGGGAAGGGGGUCUCAUGCGUGGAGUCAACCCUGGCCUGGGUGGCCCUGUUCCCGGUGCAGCUGGCUCUCUUCCUGCCCCCAGCCACGAUCCCCCCUCCUGACGCAGAGGAGGAUAGCCGCCUGCAGAUGAACAAGGUCCGGGCACAGCUCAUCGGAGCCUUCAAGGAGCAGCUGGAGAUGAGGCGCAGCCUGCUGGAGCUGGAGAACACCAGCGUCGAGCUGCACAUAGACACGUCCCGCCACCUGCUGACCAUCGCAGACUGGGAGCGAGAGAGGACCCACCACCUCGUGCGCAGGGCCCGCACACCCGGGAGGGACCAGGAGCCCGUGGAGGCCGAGGCAGACGGGGGCGAGGGCGAGUCUGCAGAGCCACACGAGGUGGUCCUGGCCAGAGAGGAGGUCAGCAUGCUUUUGGCCGAGCAGCGGAGAACGGCGGCCCUCAAGGCUGGGCUGGAGCAGCGUCUGGCCAACGCCAAGAAGAAGGCCUCGCAGAUGGAGAAGCUGCUGCCCGCGCAGGUCGUCAGCGAGGACCAGCGGGAGGUGCUGCGGCUGCUGUGCAGGGCCCACGAGCUGGAGGUGGAGAACACGGAGCUGCAGGCCAGCAGCCUGUGCAGGAAGAACCUGCUCUGCCAGAAGGACUUCGUGAUCCAGCGCUACCACCAGCACCGGCUGCUCUGCGAGCAGAUCAUCCAGGACCAGCGGCAGCUGCUGCAGGAUGGCGGCAUCGCCGUGCCAGAGCCGCUGGACCAGCGGCUCCGCCUCUACUCCCAGGAGCUGGGCGCGGGCACGUUGAACCGCCUGCUGCUGCUGCACGCUGUGAUGUCCAGCUCUCUGCAGGACAGCUCUGUUCUGAACACAUCCCCGCUGCCAGAGGAGCCCAGCCAAGACCAGCCAGACGACAGGAAGGACCUCCCGUGGGGGGCCCAGUUCAAGCUGCCGCCCAUGCUGCUGGAGACCGACAGCGAUGGUUACAAGUCAUCAGAAGUGACGCCAUCUAGGAAGCUGGGAAAGCAGGACUCUCUCCUCCCUCCGCCAUCCCUGCGCAUCCUGCUGACCCCUCCCAUCCGCGAGAAGUCGAGCUCCCUGAACGUGAGCAGUUUGGUCUCCAAGCUGUGCUCCCCGGUGAGCCUGGAGCCAGGCACCCCCACCCCGAGGCCGGAGGCCCAGGCCAGGCUGAGCGCCCAGGCCCUUGAGGAGAUGGCCGCAAGCACCAAGAGCAUCGCUCUCAUCGCGGCCACGCGGCGCUCCUGGGUGCAGGACCGCGAGGGCGGCAGCGGCCGCUCCUCCCUCCACCCUCCAGAGGUAGCCCUCGACUCCAGGGACCCCAAGCCCUGUGUCACCCCGGAGGCCAGCCCAACACACAAGAGGUGGCCCCACGCCAGCCCUGGCAGGGGCCGCUCCAUGGAGAGGAAGGCCAGGAGGAUGUGGUCGCCCUCCCGCACCUGGAGCGGGCAGCCGGUGACGGAGAAACUUCAGCCGCCCUCGGCCGAGCACAUGGCUGAGAGCCAGCUGCCCUCCGCACUCCUUCCGCCGUCCAAGUCCUCGGGAAAGAGCAUUUUCCCUGCGGUGCCUGCAGCCUCGAAGACAAAACCCAGCCUCAGUGUCCAUGCAGAGAUCACAGACCAAACCAGCCCCGAGUGUGGGAGAGCCCGGCUGACCAGCAGCACAUUUUCAGAUAAUGUGAAAAGCCAGAUUGCACACAAAAUUCCAAAGUCCGGCUUCUUUUACAAGAGGAAGGUCUGGAGACAGACAGCUCCCUCCUCCCCACCUUCAGAUCCUGACUCAGCACUGCUGUCCCCGCCAGGCGCCAUUUCUAACUGGGCCCACAGCGCGGGUCCCCAGUGAGAGGACUGCACCUGGAGCUCACGUUUUUGUUCACUGUCUUCCCGCCAAGUCGGGGGCUCCGUGCGCGCAGGGAUGUUUGUGGGUCUCAGCCACCGCCAUGUGCCCAAUAAUUACAGCAGACGCUCCGUAAACAGCAGUCGAAGGGGGAGGGGACAGCUCAGCAGAAGGGCACGUGCUUAGCAUGCACGAGGUCCCGGGUUCAA